AUGCGUAAAAGCUACACCUUUUCCAUUGUCACCUUCGAUUUACAAGCCCUUUGUCGAUUAGCAAGCCGUCUGCGUCAAGGUAGUACCUGUCGAUGUGAUGUGAAUCAAGUACCUGAAAGUGGAAGUUUCAAUUGGGCGAUAUACAUUGUAUUUGAGGAUGGAAUCCAAUGGCUGUUGGAAAGUGAAGCAGCCACACUCAGCUACGUGAGGAGGAACAGUGACAUCCCAGUCCCCCAUUAUAUCCUGAUGAGUAAAGCAACCGGCUUUCCGCUUCGAAGAGUGUGGAAGUCGACUAGGUCCGGACAGACAGAACUAUCAGCCAAAAUAAAGACCAAGAUACUUUUCCAACUAGGGACCAUUGCAUUCAAGCUCUCACAAUUGCGUUUGGGUUGCCACAUCUUUCACGAACGGUACUCUUUGGAAGAUGUACCUCGAGGCCCAUUCUCCUCUGAGACACGAUUCUAUGAUAGCCUUGUCGACGCACUGAUCCAGCACGCCGAAAUUUUGCCACUAUCGCACCAUUGUUUCGUCGCACCUGUUCCUUGCCAAGGGCUAUAUGAUUCUACUAAGCUUUAUAAGACGGCGCGCAACCUCUGGAAUGAUUUCGUCACGGUAGGAUGCAAAAUCGACUCCUCGGACAAUAGGCUUGACUAUAUUAUCACUGGCGAGCAUAUAUCAAAAUUGAAUUAUAAUUCUUUUCCACUGUGCCAUUCAGACUUGAGCGUCAAUAACAUAUACGUCGACGAUGACUAUAACAUCACAUGCAUCAUUGACUGGGCCUUUUGCUCGUCAGUUCCUGAGGCUAUGGAUGAUUACUGCUUAUUUACUGUAGUCUGGGGCCAGAUUUACGGCUCCGAUAAAGACUUGAAGACUUAUUUUCCCAACCAACACUCGUUAUGCCGCAAUAUAAAACGGCACAAGGAGAUACCAAUAGAAUAUCAGUCUCCAGAAAAGAUAGAGAAAGCGGAGCAUGAUUACUUCAGGGACGAUGUGCUGAAAAACUCAAUAGCUAGAAGUCUAACUGUGAUACGCCUUGAAAGGGGGGAUCUCUUCAUUGCGGAUUCCGAACUAUGGAAGUGGAUCUCUAAGGUUAUAUAA